ACCUCUUCAGCAUUGCGCAUGACCGCAAGUAUUUGAAAUUCUGGCGCACAAAAUGUCUCGCUCUGCGGUCCCGAUUUUCUUUUUCUCGUUGGGAAUCCUUAUAAAAGGUGCAGUGGCUGCGAUCGACACCCAGCAGUCCGUGUUGGCAGCAGUGGGAGACCAGGCCUCUCUGAGCUGCCAGCUCUCUAAAACUAAAGAUGUCCUCCAGAUCACCUGGCAGAAAGUUCUUCCCCUUGGAGAGAAGAACCUCGCCACUUACACCAAGAAGUUUGGUUAUAGAGUGAGUUCUGGUCUGGAGGAGAAGAUGGAUUUUCAGUAUGAAUCUCUGCAGAGCUGCUCCAUGGUGAUCAGGAAGGUGACGGAGCAGGAUGAAGGCUGCUACCGAUGUUUGUUUAACUCUUAUUCUGAAGGAGCGUUGAUAGGCUGGACCUGCUUAAGACUCUACGAGCUGCAUGGACCCUUCAUUGACGUCAGCAGAUCAAACUCUCCUCCAGGGUCGGUUGUGACCUGUUCAGCCACAGGUCGACCUGUUCCCAUGGUAACACUGACUGUUCUCCAUCAGAACCUCAGCUUCUCCCACUACAACACCAGCAGAGUGAGCAACACUAACGGUACCGUCACCGUCACCACUAACGUUCUGCUCUCAGCUCUCAGCAGCACACAGGUUGGAUGUUCAGUGUCAGUGGACUCUGCUGCUCCCAGAGAGCUGCUGGUCACCGUUCCUGGACUCACAGAGACGUCUGAUGAUGAGCUACAGAAACAAUCUAGUUUACAUGUUGAUGAGAGUCAGGAGUUUAAAGACCCGAUAAUUCCCGUGAUCCUUGUAGUUGUCGCUGGUAUAGCUUUGACUUGUGUUGUAAUCAUCACCCUCUGGAGACUUAAAAAUGUCCAAAACAGAGACGAUGAGAAUUACAAAACACCAUUAAGACCAGAACAUGGAGACAGGAACAUAACACCUUUUAUGAAGCUGACGAAUGAGGUUAAACAGAGACUUUCUGCCAAGAAAAGUCCAGAAAACAACGACCUCAAAGCAUUUCCUUCUGCGGCAAAAAGACUGUUUUGAUGACCUCUGACCUGACAGAUUGACAUGAGCAUUAAAGUUGAUCAUUUAAAAUGCUUGAAAACUGAAUGGAUCCCAUUUGGAAAUCUAUUUGGUUGGAUAAACGAAACUCUAAUACUUUCUGUAUUUCUUUCAAAUUAAUGUAAAGAACUUUGAAUUCUUCACAUGAAUUCAAAGUUCAUGUACAUUACAUAGCACAUUUGCUGAAAAUGUGUUAUAUGAAUAAAAUCUCCUUACCUCAA